GAAGAAGCAGUUUCUCAAAAGAAACCACCAUUUUUCCUUUCGCGUCUCCGAGAGAGAAAGACUGAGAAACUUCUGAGAGAAAUGGAGCGCGCAAUGUCACUACCCUGCGUAAUCGCCGGAAUUCUCCUCAUCGGAGUGUUUAACGAAGUCGACGGAACCCAGAUUCUGUCGAAAUCAAAGCUCCAGAAGUGUGAGAAGACGAACGAUUCAGGGAAUCUCAAUUGCUCAACUAAAAUCGUCUUGAAUCUCGCUGUUCCCAGUGGAUCCAGCGGAGGAGAGGCUUCGAUUGUAGCGGAAAUCGUCGAGGUUGAAGAUAAUUCGAGUACCAAUAUGCAAACCGUACGGAUCCCACCGGUCAUAACAGUGAACAAAUCAGCAGCUUAUGCUAUUUAUGAUCUAACUUACAUUAGGGAUGUUCCUUAUAAACCUCAAGAGUAUCACGUCACCACUCGAAAGUGUGAGCCUGAUGCUGGACCAGACAUUGUACAGAUAUGCGAAAGGCAAGGAUGUUACGAGAUGAGAAAGGUAACGUUCUGGAGCAGACUGAACCAGUGUGUUGUCCAUGUGGACCGCAGCGAAGAAUGCCUUCAUCUUGUGGAGACAUUUGUAUUUGAGAAGAUGUUCAAAGGAAAGGCAAACACUGCGCAUUGCCUUCGCUUUCCUGGUGACUGGUUCCACGUGUUCAGCAUUGGACAACGGUCUCUAGGGUUUAGCAUCCGUGUGGAGUUGAAGACAGGAACUAGAGUUUCAGAAGUGAUCAUUGGCCCUGAAAAUAGAACAGCUACUGCAAAUGAUAACUUCCUAAAGGUUAAUCUCAUAGGAGACUUUGCUGGUUACACAAGCAUCCCUUCUUUCGAAGACUUCUUUCUUGCAAUUCCAAGAGAGGCGGCUGCAGAGGGACAACCAGGGAACUUAGGCGGGAACUAUUCAAUGUGGAUGCUGCUUGAGAGAGUGAGAUUUACAUUAGAUGGCUUAGAAUGUAAUAAAAUCGGUGUUGGCUAUGAAGCUUUCAACGCUCAACCAGAUUUCUGCUCUGCACCAUAUUGGAGCUGCUUGCAUAAUCAGCUAUGGAACUUCCGCGAGUCAGAUGUGAACCGGUUGAACCGGCACCAACUUCCUCUGUAUGGACUUGAAGGAAGAUUUGAGAGGAUCAAUCAACAUCCGAACACAGGGCCUCACUCGUUCUCUAUUGGAGUUACUGAAACACUCAACACAAAUCUAUUGAUAGAACUAAGAGCUGAUGAUAUUGAAUACGUAUACCAGAGGAGCCCUGGUAAGAUUAUAAACAUUGUUAUACCGACAUUCGAAGCACUUUCACAAUUUGGAGUUGCUUCAGUCACAACCAAGAACACCGGUGAAGUAGAAGCAUCUUAUAGCUUAACGUUCGAUUGCUCCAAAGGUGUGGCUUUUGUUGAGGAGCAAUUCUUCAUAAGUAAACCAAAAGAAGUGACAACUCGAUCUUUUAAGUUGUACCCUACGAAAGAUCAGGCUGCAAAAUACUUAUGCACAGCUAUACUAAAGGAUUCUCAGUUCAGCGAAGUAGACAGAGCCGAGUGUCAAUUCAGCACGACAGCUACCGUACUCGACAAUGGAACGCAGGUUACUAAUCCAUUUCAAAUUCCAGAGACUCAUCCUAGAGGCUUCUUUGAAUCGAUUAGGCUAAUAUGGACGAAACUCGUGAAUGGUUUGAUCGAUUUCAUCACCGGAGAAACUUGCAGAAACAAAUGCUCGAGUUUCUUCGACUUCAGCUGCCACAUUCAAUACGUCUGCUUAAGCUGGAUGGUUAUGUUCGGCCUCCUCCUCGCCCUGUUUCCAACCACUUGUGUUCUUCUCUGGCUCUUGCAUCAAAAGGGACUAUUUGAUCCAUUCUACGACUGGUACGAAGAUCAUUUUGAUUCUGAUCAUCAUAGAUUGUUAUUACACACCAGAGAAAACGCUUUAAACCGCCAUCAUCAUCGUCCUCACCAUCACAAGCAGCAUCGCCAUGGUUUGGAAACCAGUAACCAUCAUCGUAGGAGGACACACAACAACCACAGACGCAAAAACCAUCAUCAUGGGCAAGAAGACGACGACGUUUUGCAAAAGAUGCUUGAGCGUGACCACAACGAUUCUCACUAUUACCGCCAACUUCACCGAGUCCACAGAGAUAACAAGCAGAAGCAGCGUAGGCGAGGAGGAGGCAAGCACGGGAUCGUCGUGCCACGUGAUGUGCACGUGGAUAGACGGAGGAGAGAGAGGCCGAGGGAGAAAUAAGAGUAGCUAUUGUUGUUAUUAUGUGGGAAGAAGAAUAUUUUUGUAUAUGAGUCACUACUUACUACUGAUUUACAUUACUAAUUGGUAUUGUAUUUGUCAAAUUAGUAACUAGUUGAGUUUUCUUUUUUCUUUUUUUACGUGU